AUGGAGUCGAGGAAGAGACCACACGCUGACGAUGGCGACCUUGCACGACCAAAGAAACGGGCGGUCUCGGACGACCGUGCCUCGCCAAGUCAUCUCAAUGGCACUUUAUCCCAUAGUGAUGAGCCUAAGGACGGCGACAAUGUUGAGCUUUUCAGGAAGGAGGCCAUAUUCCGGCGGAUGAAGCAAUACUCGAGGGAGGCCGAGAGAAACCAGGCUCAGGUUGCGGAUUUGGAGCGGAGGCGUAGUCAGUGCGAGGCCGGGCUUGCAGCAUUGGAGGCAUGCUGGACGCAGUUGAUUGGCACUAUACGCUCCUUGGUCAAGCCCGAAGACAUUCCUUCUGUAGAGCAGCAAUCUGCAGAUAUCCGUGACCUCACAGUACACGUCUCUUCCGAAGCGGAACCAGAAUAUGUUGAUGCUCUACGGGACAAGAUGCAAGCCACCGCUGACAUUGUCAAGGCCUUCGUGCAUAUAAGGGCGCAAGGUCAAGGAGGACCUUCCGAAGAGGAGACAUUGAGACGCGUUCAGGAAACAGAGGCCGAGAACUCCGCUCUUCGGUCGGAACUGUCGCUGGUACGGACGAAGCUUCGUGACGCAGAAUCGCAGAAGGAGAAGUUCCGCGAGGGACUUGUCGCAGCUGAGAAACGCGCAGAUCGGCUGCAGAGCAGGUCCCUGAACCCUAGUGCGUCCAAUGUCAAGGACGAGUCCGCCGACGGACCGUCGGAAGAGAAGGCUUCGUCGCCCCAACCACCAGUAGUGAACGGUGCCCACAUCACAGACUCCCAGUGGCAGCAUCUCGCCGAAUACAGGGAAACGAAGCUCCAAGAAUACGAGAAGGAAGUUUCCGACCUCAAGGAUCAACUGCAGGUCACGCAGCUCAAGCUGAAAGCAAUCCCAGACGAGAUUAUCCGAGAAACAGCCUCGUAUAAGGACCUCCUCGAGCGAGCGAGCCUCCUGGACCACACAAACCAGGAGGCUAAGGCGGAGUUGGUGAAGCUCACAGAACAACUAGACACUAUGCAGACUACGAGGCAACAGUACGAGGACUCUGUCAAGGCUGGUAGUGAGACUGCCGUGCAAGAGAUGAAGGCAUUGCUAGCCAAACGUGACGUCGAGACGCUACGUCUUCGUGAUCAAAGGGACCAGUACCAUUCUGAACUCAACGAGCGCAAGGCGAAAGACGCCGCUAAGACGUCUUCACUGGCAGAGUUCGAGUCUUUGGCGGAAACACGAGCUGAGCGUAUAGCUGUCCUCGAGUCAGAGAACAAACGUCUCAAGACUCGCCUCGCUGCCAAUGAGGGGGACAAUGAUCUUGUCACCUUCUUGUGGUCGAGUAGUUCUGAAGGUCCUUCCUAUGUCGAGGACUUGAAGCGCAGACUCUCCGAAACAGAGGCGCGGGCAUCCUCGCUGGAGAAGACUUUGUCCUCACUAGGGGACGGGCAGGUCGACAUCGCCAAGGUCUCUCAGAAUGAAGCGGAUCUACGUCGGCAAGUCGAGCAGGUCCAGAAACAGCUCGAGAAGUAUCAGGCGGUCUACGGCGAUUCUUCGUCGCUACCACCAGAGACUGCGCAACUGUCCGAGGAGCUGCAGCGUAAGCAGGACGAGAUCGAGAAGCUACGCAUACAGGACAAGCAACGUGAACAGGCCGAAUCCGCUCUGUAUUCUGAGCUGGAUAAGCUCUCCGCCGCCUGGGAAACGCUUGACCGCCAAGUCAAGAGCAAGGUGUACGAUCUAUCCGCGCUGGAAGAUCGCAUCGCCAAGGCGGGUGUUGACCGAGCCAAAGCGGAGAACAAGUUCUACGCAGCGAUGCGCGACAAGGAGGGCGUGGAUCUAGAGCGGAAGAACCUCGCGCGUAACUUGGAUAAAGCCGGCAAGGCUGUGGACAAGCUCUCGCAGAGCGAGAAGGCGCUUACUGCACGAAUGCAUGAUCUCGAGAAGGAGCUCAUACAGUGGAAGAAGGUCGCGGAGCUCCAGAAAGAGCAAGUCGGUGCUGCGUCGACCGAGACCACCAGCUGGCGGCUGCGCUUCAUGGGCGAGCGGAAGAGUAUGGAGGAGAUUCGUACUGCGUGGACCGAGCAGUCUGCCUCCAUCGAGAAGAAACGAGCGGAGCUGCGGAAGCUUGAGGAGAGCUUGAUCAAGUCCAAGAAGGACGCGGAGAAGCAGGCAACGAAGCUCAAGUCGAUGUCUACUUCUUCGGGCAACGCGAAGGAGACCGAGCUGCAGAGCGAGAUCGACAAGUGCAUGAGCCUCCUCAAGUGCUCUACUUGUCACAUGAACAUGCGCAACACCGUCAUUACGAAGUGCAUGCACUCGUUCUGCAAGUCGUGUGUCGAGGCUCGAAUAGCGACGCGGCAGCGCAAGUGCCCGGCGUGCAACCUUCCUUUCUCUCAGGGCGAAGUGCAGCAGCUGUACUUCCAGUGACCGUGUCUUCGCAUUUUCGCGGGCGACGGAUGGUUCGGGCAGACGCUGGCUUAUUGCGGAUAUUUGGUGUACUUACCUUAUUGUUUUCUACUGUUUAUGACUUUUGCUCACGUUCGCUUGCUACUAUCACGAGCCAAUCCCAUC